UCUGUGGUUUUACGUUACUCGGGCACAUGCAGGGAUUCUAGUGGCCCGGGCCCAGCCAGGGGCUCAGUUUGAACUCCUGGCUCUGAGCUGCAACUCACCCACGAGACAGGUGGCCAAGAUAUAAUAAUCAAAUCAUUAUUUGGUUAUUUUAUUUUAUUUAUGAUUUUCAUUCUUCGUCUUUCCCUUCCCGUGCAGAGUGGCACUAUAUCUAUCUAUCUAUCUAUCUAUCUAUCCAUCUAUCCAUCUAUCUAUCGUUUGUAUCGUUUCGCUUUUACGCACGGCCCAAGUCCAACCAUCACUUCCUCACUCACAGCAGCAGAAGUGUAAACACCAAUGAGCGCGUGAUUCCCGCCCAUCAACGAGAGAGUAAAGAAAGUUUUGUAAGACUGCACUUGCCCCACCUCUCGUUCACUGCCUUUGACAUAAAGUAAACAGCUCGAUUCUACACACCUUAUCGGGCACAAGCAGGCGCGUAGGCGCGUUGCGCUAUCCAAGGUAUCUAAACAAAAAACACAAACCUCCCCCGACGAGAGCUGCAGCAGGCGCGUUUGAUGCAGUUUGUUCUCCAGUUAUGCACGCGGACAACAGAAGGCCAAAGUGUUUCUGUUCACAGAGAAGACAGAAGGAUGAAAUGUGAUCACCUAAGGCGACUGUUGGCACUUUACGUGAUAUUCUGCGCCAUGCGAACACCUUCCACCGUCCGGGGCGCACGAGGUUUCGACAAAAAAGUGGCUAUGAUGCUGAAAGAAGAGCCGGAAAACCCCAAGUGCUUUGCGGAAGGUAGGAAAGACUUCACGUGCUUCUGGGAGGAAGAUGAGGAGAGGGCCGGCUCUUUGGAUCAGUACUCCUUCACAUACUCCUAUCAAAAUGAAAACAGCAGCAGGUGCCCAUUGAGAGCCCUCCCUGUGGUGGACGGGAAGAGGUUGUUUGCCUGCCAUCUCAACAAAACCCAAUUGUUUGUCCAAAUGGACAUACAAAUUCAUCGAGAGGGAAUACAGAUCCACAAUCGGAGCCUUCUUAUCGAGCUUGUUUUUCUUCUGGACCCCCCGGCUAAUGUGACAGUGAGCAGAACAGACCAGCAAGGCCAGCUGAACGUCAGCUGGGUGCCGCCGCCUCUCAAAUACAUGGAUGACAGCAUGAUGUACGAGGUCAGCUGCAGUACAGCGGACAGCCACGUGGGGCAGGUCGAGGUGGCACGAGCCAGCUCAGAGUUGAUCCUGAGAGGCCUGCAGCCAGGUAAAAAAUAUAAGGUGCAAGUUCGUGUGAAGCUGGAUGGGAUUAGUUACAGUGGCUAUUGGAGUGCCUGGAGUGACCCAGUGUUCAUGGAAACACCGCCUGCCGAACUUGACCUCAUCAUUGUUUCCCUGGCUCUUAUUAUCUCUAUCUUCCUGGUUGGGCUGUCUCUCACUGUGCUCCUGUCCCAUCGCAGUUUUCUUGUGAAGAAAAUUUGGCCAAGUAUUCCAACGCCAGACAGCAAGUUCCAAGGCCUUUUUACUGUUUAUGGUGGGAACUUCCAGGAGUGGUUGGGGCACACCAACGGGGGCUUAUGGUUAACACCGGCUUUUGUUAGCACAGAAGAAUGCCCUUCUCCUCUGGAAAUCCUAUCAGAGCUCAGCCUUUGCCCCUCACUGCCUUCACCGCCUCUGCCACCCAAGGCCUCUAGAGCUUUGACCACCGGCAGAAAGGAAAACAAGCAUGUAAAGGAAGGGCUGGACAAGAGAGAGCCAUUGGAAAGGGGUGAUUCAGUUCUUACAGAAGGAUGGAGAGCCACACCACAUGACCACUGGCUGAUGGACCGCUUACGAGCGCUUCACCAGAACCCCAUCCCCUGCUCUCAGUCCUCUUUGCUGGAGUCUCAGGAUGCCUAUGUCACCCUCAGUGCCAACAGCCGCCACAGAGACGAACACCUAGAUGAUAUUCUCGAGGAAACCUUACCCCUUGAGGUGCUUUUUGCCUCGAGAAAGCAAGUGUUGAGUGAGUCUCACUCUGACCUGGGAUCUGUGCAGCAGAGCUCUGGGUCGGGUCGCCUUUCGUCACAGUCCAGUUUUGAGUACCCAAACCAUGUCUGGAUGCCCAAAGGCCCUGGGUACACCUACAUGGCAGCAGCAGACUCUGGGGUCUCUAUGGAUUACAGCCCCAUGAGCAGAGUAGAUGACAUUGGAAAAGUGGCUAUCUAUGCCAAUGAAUACAAGAAUGAGAUCCCUGCUCAUAGAAGACCCUUCCUGUCAAGGCAGCACCCUGUCCAUGAUGAUGGCUGAGAGGAAACUAAGCUGGACAGGCUGGACAUGGACAAAGCCUUGAAGCAGGUUCAAUGAAGAGUGUUUGGUUAUUGACCCAAAGAGUCUCUCUUUAACUGUUAAGAAAGGCAUACACAGUGUUGGGGAGCUGACAGAUACCAUAGUGUGAGCUAUGGGCACAGAAAUGCCACUUGGUCUUAUCUUUUCUACUUAAUCCAGAUCAUCUCUGAUCUGUACAGGAUAGUAUCAUUACAUGGACGUGGCAGCUGUGGUUUAUACCAAAUACUGAUUUUCACUACAAAGGUCUGCUUGCUUAUCUGUAAGUAUCCUGUAGAUCAGAUUUUAGGAUAUUUUACUCAAGUUUCAAGUUCCAGAGUCUUUCCAUAGUGAUUUAUUCAUAUUUGAGCUAAGUGUACUCUCUCAUACUUUAUUUUGAGCCAAAAUGACAGAAUGGCUAUUAGAUACUGUAGUUGUUAGUACAUCUCUAAGUUGUUUAUUUAGUCACUGCAGCCAUGUAAAGGGCAGAGCAUGUAUGUCUAAACCUUGACAUUUUCACUAAAAUCUUACAUUCAUUGCUGUUUUGAAAUCAAACUGCAUAUUUGUAUUGCUUGCUUUUGUGUCUUAGGAAACAUAUCUUGUAACUUUUUUUAAACUCUUUAAGAAUUUUAAUGCAUUGUUGACAUAGAUGUAUAUUUGAAUAAAAUAUAGAGGAGAAUGUGACACAAAAAGGAAACAAAAUGUUUAAAGUUCCACACUCAAGCAGUUGAUGAUUUAUCAAAAGAUGACAAAAGCAAAAUAUUAUUCUUUUAUACCAGUUGUAUUACAUAUAUUUGGGUUUUUUCCUAUUAUGUAAGCUAUGUUUAGGAGAGGAUCUUGACAUUUGUCACACUUAAAUGGUGAAUAUCUACAGGUGAGGCAUUUUAGUACAAGUUUUCCCAUUAGAAGUUAUAUUUUGUUGCUAUUUUUAAUUUUCAAAAACAUUCAGUAUAAUUUUCUGCACUGAUAAUGCUAUUGUUUAUUUAAGUAUUUUCUAUUUUUUUCUCAUCCGUAAAAUACUUUGAUAUCAGCUACUUGAUUCCAAAGUCUCACACAUGUUGAUAGCUACAGUGUUGUAAAUCUGUGGUUCCUAACCUGAGGGACAGGACCCCUCAGCAGAGGUGGAGGAAGUAAAACAAGCAAUACUACAGUAUAAAAGUACACCCAUUUCAGAAUCAUAUAUACUGGAUUUUCAUUAUUAGUGAUUAGUGAUGUGAUGAUCAAUGUGAAUAACUUUAAUGAGCAGCUCAUUUUAAUUCCCUAAUAAUAUGCUGCUGGGUAGUUCAAUCAAUGGCAGUAAAACAGAAUUUAUUAGUUCAUUUGCAUUUUGUAUUAAUCUAAAUCUGCAAAGUACCUAGUAUCUAAGGUUUAAAAAUAUAUAGAGCAAAGUAAAGUGCAGAAUAUAGUGAGAAGUAGAAAGAAUGACAACAUUGAAAUCCUAUAUAUAUAUAUAAAAAAAUACUACUUUACUAUUUACUAUAAGUACAUAAAAAUAAGUAUAGUAAUUGGGUAAAUAUACUUAGUUACAUUCCAUCACUGCUCCUCAAAGUGUUAAAACAUAAAACUGUGAGAAAAAAAGACAAGACUUCAAUAUGCUAUAUAAAAUAUUUGUUUAUUUGAAUGUACAGUUUUCCUCACCCUUUUCUUCUUUUUUUUCGUUUGUGAGGGAUCACAGGUAGACUUCCCUUCGAAGUCUUGUACCAAAAAUGUUGGAAACCACUGUUCAAUAAUGUUCAUAAUGUUCAUUCAAUGUCUGUGUAAUUUUGUGUAAGAUUUUAUCCCUAUUUUUCUAGUUUUUGUCAUAUUAUUCAAGUCAAUAAAUCUUGUACAUCUACAA